GGAAGGGGAUGGAGUCAUGGGAGGAUGCUGCUGCCACUGACAGAGGCCGGCUGAGAAGACAGCUAUACUGGGCGUUGGCACUACUGCUGUCUGCACUGGCCUACGGCUCUCAUGCCCCCCUGCUCACCCUGUGCAAGGUGGGGUCGGAGGUCCCCUUCAGCAGCUCAUCCGUCGUGGUGCUGACCGAGCUGGUCAAACUGUGUGCAUCAGCUGUCGGCCUCCUCCUUUCCCACGGCCGCUCCCUACCACUCCCGCUCUCUGCCUCUGCGUCCUUAAUGGCUGCUGUCCCCUUCGCCCUGCCUGCCGCCCUCUACGCCAUCAACAACAACCUGGCAGUCCACAUGCAGCAGCAGAUGGACCCCAUCACCUUUCAGGUUCUGGGUAACCUCAAGAUCGUGGCCACCGCCACCUUCUGCGGCCUCCUCCUGCGCCAGCGUCUCUCGCCCCGCCGCUGGCUGGCGCUGUUGCUCCUGACAGCAGCUGGUGCCUGUCACGCUGGCUCCAUCCGUCGACAUGAUGACCGGGAGUCCCUGGGACCCCUUCACCCCUACCUCACUCCUCUGGGUGCCACUUACUGUGCCCUGUACUGUACUGUGUCCGGUCUCUCUGCAGCCUGGACCGAGUGGGCACUGAAGUCACAGCCACUGCCUCUCAGCCUGCAGAACUUCUUCCUGUACGCUUUCGGGGUGGCUGCCAAUGCGGCAGCGCACCUGGCCUCCUCCCAGGCGGACGCUGGCUUCUUCCAGGGCUUCUCGCCAUGGGUUGCCCUCAUUGUGGCCUCUCAGGCCCUGAACGGGCUCCUCAUGUCCGUCAUCAUGAAGCACGGCAGCGGCAUCACCCGCCUCUUCGUGAUCUCCUGCUCCAUGUUGGUUAACGCGGGGCUCUCUGUCGCCCUGUUCCGCGUGGAGCUCACCCCCUUGUUCUAUGUAGCCGCAGCCCUGAUCUGCGUGGCUAUUCAUCUCUACUACAAUAUUGGGUAGCACCAGCCGAGAGCUUUUCAUCUCAAUCUGUUCCCUCACUUCAAUGUUUACAGAAAAGUUGGGCUUUCACCUGCCCACACUAAACGCAAUUAACAAGGGCACCUUAGCUCUCUGCUUCUCAAAUUCUAUUCUUAUCUACUUUGGAGUUGAGAGGGAUAGUAAAUCAGCCGUGUUGGAGCAGUUAAUGGGCCAAAUGACCGAAUUCUGCUCCGUGUCUUCAGGAGCUGUUGAACUCUGGGCAUAAGGUACUACACCAAAACUCAUCAUCCUUAGAUGUGGGUGCCACGGGAUUAUAAUGGUUAGCACAAUGCUGUUGUAGCUCAGGGUGUCACAGUUAAAUUGGGGCAUUGUCUGUAUGUUCUUCCCACAGUCUAAAGACUUGUCAGUUAGUAGGUUAAUUGGUCAAUGUAUUUUGUCCAGUGGUUAGACUAGGGUUAAGUCGGUGGGCUGCUGGUCAGCACAGCUCGUUGUGCUGGAAGGGACUGUUCCACACUAUCUAAAUAAAUUCUCAUGGUUGGGAUAUGUGACCAUAGAAAAGAUUUCUCCCCAAUUUUUAAACCAGAUUUCUGCCUAGGUUGUUGCCUUGGCUUUCCAUUCUUCUGUGAGAGCAAUGUUGUCAGGGUCUUCAUCUACUCAAAAUGGAUCUGAUAGCAUCUCAAAGCUGUUGUAUCUUAGCCUGUGUAUGGGGAGCACGUCUGGUCAGUCAAACAUAGCCUUCCUUGCUUGACUUUGUUGUAAGCUAGUCCACGUACUACUGGAGUGAGAGGGUCCUUUGUAAAUGUGCCACAAUUACCACAUAGAACCCUUUGGCUCACGAGGCUGUGCCAACCUACUAACCUAUACAAAAAACCUUAAAAUUGUCGCCCAUUUAUUAGCCAUUUCCACCCUGCGAGAAAGUCUCUGGCUGUGCUCUCUAUCUAUGCUUCUUAUGAUCUUGUACACCUUUAUCAACUCACCUCUCAGCCUCCUUCACAACAAAGAGAAAAACCCCAGCUCACUCGGUCUGUCCUCAUAAGACAUGCCCUCUAGUUCAGGCAGCUUCCUGGUAAAUUUCCUCUGCACCCUCUCAAAAGCCUCCAAAUCUUAUGAGACAAUAAAAUAUAAGAUAAGUUAACCUCUUUGCCACAGAGGCACUAGAGUAAGAAACAGGCCCUUCAGCUCUUCUAGAAUGUGGUUUCGCCUCAGGAGUCAGUUUUUGGAGGUCAUCGGUGCAAGGCUGAUUGUGUCCAGAUGUUACACUUCACAUAGUCAGGUUAUUGUCAUUAAAGACCGAUCCCACCCUCAGGCCAGGUAGAAUGCUCCCCAGUGAUAUUAGCUGCACAGACUGUCUUCUGAUCUCCCUGCUCUACUUUAAUUUCUGAGCUUGUUUCGGUAUCACCAGCAAAACCAAAGUCUUUUAUUUAAGGUGCUGACUGGGUUGGAAACUUACAGCAAAUUUGUCUUUCUUGUCGAUCCAUAAUCAUGCCCCAGAUUACUCCUCGCUGUGUUGAUGUGACCACAUCAUAGACAACCGCCAUCUCGGCAGCAUCUUGGAUCCUGUACGGGAACUACUUGUGUUUACAUAUUGUGAAUGAACUUGCUGGAAAAAAAGUAACUCCUUGAUCUGUCACCUAUUAUUUUUCUUCAGUGAUGUUAUUAGUAUUCAAAUAUAUGCAAAUGAAGCAUUGUAUUAAUGAUUAUUUGGAAUAUAGAGGAAAUAUAUAUGUGGCUUUUUGCUGAAUAGAGAUGUGUUAUUUGAAAAGCUGUUGCAAUAUUCAGGGUUAAAUGCCUGUCACAAUCUUAAAGGUGUGUGACAAUUUUAAGUGCUGUUGCAACUGCUGUUUUAACUCUUUCUAGGCCAGAGGUUCCCAGCCUAGCUUAAUUGUAUUUGUCCAUGACAUUGAAAAAGGUUGGGAACCCCUGCUCUAGGCUGAAGUAGCAGUAUCUUGUGUCAAAAGCUCACCCGUCCAUUGCUUUUUUUUUUAUUGUUUCAUCUUCCCAGUGGGAAUCUGUAAUGUGGCUGGAUAAGACACUUCAGCCUCUGAUCCAAGACUGGAAUACUCAACUGGUCAAGCAGCUUUUGUGCAAAGUUUCACAUCAGAGACCUGACUGUGUCUUAAAGAUCUCUGAUAUGAAACCCCCUUCCAAUUAGGCUUCCACCAAUGUCAUAAACAUUUCAAUAUUACAUCCCAAACUAAGUGGCCUUUAGUGCCAGCAUUGCACUUGGGAAGUUUAAGUCUUGUGUUCAAGAGAGCGGGAGGUGCAGAGAUUGAGGUGGGGUUCUCAUUCUGUACCACCCCCACAGCCCAUAAUCAGUGGAGUGAAGGGAACCAUGGUUCUUCAGUGAUGUUGAAACCAUUUUCCAGCUUUCAGACAAUUUGUGCCUUUAUUACAUAACUUAAUGAAAACAAUGCAAGUGUUUUUUUUCCAAAUUUCUUGGUUGCCAAUUAGUUUUUAAACAUACUUAUGUGGUUUUUAAUUUUAAGUUUUAAAUAAAUUCCCGAUAAAAGUUAGAGACUGGAUUUCUCUAUAAAGGAUUUUAAAUCGGUGCCUGGAUUUUUUUUUGUUAUUACACUCUUCUCCAACAAUGUGACACAGAAAUGGGACAAAUUGAUUUCUGCUUCCUGCGGCCUGGGAGAACACUAAGUUACUAGUCCUGCCAUUAAGGGUACAGGUUAUUUGCUAAACAUGAGAUUCUGCAGAUACUGGAAAUCAAGAGCAACACACGUGAUGCUGGAGAAACACAGCAGAUCGGGCAAUAUCUAUGGAAAGAAAUAAAUAGCGUUUCAACCAAGACCCUUCAUCAGGACAGGAAAGGUAUUUUGGCAUCUUCCCCUGUCCUUUCCAGUCCUGCUGAAGGAUCUCUGCCCAAAAUGUUGACUGUUUAUUCCUCAGUAGAUGCUGAGUUCUGUGAGUGAGUGAGUGAGUGAAUGCGCGUGCAUACAGGCUGUUCAGUGCACAGCUUAAUGAAAUCUGAUGCUGCUGUUAUUAGGAUCUCUUCCUAAAUGCACCUUCAUUUUAUUACUGUUGGUACAGGUAAUUCUAGUCCAAUAACUUCUGUGGUCCAACGUGCUCUGAAUCUGUAGUAUAGAUCUGUACUUAUUAAUUCUAAGUAAAAUCUGAACUGAUCCAUAGCUUAUCAACCACUUUUGCAAUCUCAGCCAACAGUGUUUCGACCUUGAGGAAACUUUGGUCUCUCUUAUUGCUUUAUUAUUGUCACAUGUACCGAGAGACAGGGAAAAGUUUUUUUUUGGUUUGGUUUGCUGUGCAGAACUGAUCAAGGGUCAACUUUAUUCACAUGUACAUUCACAUUUACAAUGCAUUCUGGUUAAUUGGGUCACAUCUGGACCAGGACGUUUUGGCCCAAUUUAAUGGCUACCCCAAUUAGCUGGUUUCAUGGAAAUUGUUAAAAAGGUAGAAAAAGUACAAACUACCAUUUAACUGAAUAACAAAUUAUGUAUUUAAAUGAAAUACAGAGCAAAUUGGAACACUAUCAGUGCUUCUACAGUACUAUAAAACUAUUCAUUCGUAUUAGUUAUUGAGAGGAAUUCAGCCAGUGUACGUUCUUUUGAGUGUAAAUGAGCAAAAGCAAUGCAGACACAGUGUAGAUAAUGAACUGCCUUCAUACAAUGUUAUCAAAGACAGCUUCCAACUAAUUUCCACUAUACCUAUAAAUUCAUCAUAAUUCCUAACUUGAAGUAAUGAAAUCGUUUCGUUUUUACUCCCAGUUGCUUCCAAGACUGAAAUCAUGGUGAGCAAGACAGUUCUGAAUUGUCUUGCUUAUUUCCCGUUGAUCAUCAGUGACAAAAAUCUCUGCUUCUUGAACACAAGUGCACACUGAUGCAGUUUCUAACUGUUCUCUCUCAGCACCGUGACCACACAAGUGCACGUGACUGAUGUUAGUUAGAAACUGGCAACAAUCUUCUGUCCCAAUGAAACAGCAUAAUGUUCCAAAUAAACAAAGCCAAUUUUCUCCAUUUUUGUUCUUUAAGAGUUGUCCCAAGUGGCUGCCUUAUUAACCAAUGGCCCAAUUAAUCAAAAUCCACUGUUUUAAGAAUUUAAUGUAUGUUGGUGCAACAUGCAAAAAAAAAUUCAACAUUUAUAAAGUAUGGAUAUGGAAUAAAAUGUGCAAUUAUAGAAUUACAAACAUGUAUUUUCAAUGUAAACAAAAUUAUUUUAAGGUGUUUACACAAUGCAGACAAAAUGCUGAAGGAACUCAAGUCAGACAGCAUCUUGCUGAGUUCCUCCAGCAUUUUGUGUGUGUUUCUUAAGAUUUCCAAAAUCCGCAAAAUCUCGAGUUUGAUUCAAAGCAAAAGUUCAAAAAGUUAGUACAGAAGGCAGUACAAAAAAGAAAACAAUGCUGACUAUAGUGUUACAGUUACAGAGAAAGUGUGGUGCAGACAGACAAAGUGACAGUACAGAUGGUUCUUGGAGCUCUUCCACUGAAGCACUCAGCUUCCUCUGAACAGGAUAAAAGUUUAUGGUGCUGAUCUAAACAGUUCCACUUUGUAUUCCUUGCACUGAGCUCUGAACAGACUAUGGUCUUUGGAAAUUGGAGUUCUGCUCUCACCCAGACACUUAAGUUUGUAAUUCUUCACAAAGACCGGAAUAGCAGAGCAGACAGUGGUUUUUAGUUGUAGUUGCUGCUGAUGCAAGAUUCCCGUUUUAUUUGAAGGUUGUCAGUGACGACUUUGGGAAAAUUUCUUAAAGGAAAAUCCAUUUGCCUGUUUUGGUAUCAGUCACUAAAAUUCUGAACCUGGUACAAGGGUACUAUAUCUACAUGAUGAUGUGUUACGUUAUGAAAUAAAGAUAUUUUAUGAAGCA